GGGUCACCUGACGCUUCACAAACUCCGAGCAAAAUGGCGGCGCCCGUGAUGCGGCGCUGCCGGGUUUGGCUCGGGGCUGGGCAUCGCAGCGUCGGGAAUGUCGCCGAACUGCGCGGCCCGGAGGGUCCGGUGGCCGCUAGCGCGCUCUGCCGGAGUGCGAAAGAGAUGACAGAGAAGCAGAAACGGAAUGUUCCCUGGGCAGCAGUGGUAGGCCUGGAAAUUCAUGCACAGAUCUGCUCCAACUCAAAGCUUUUCUCCGGUUCACAAGUCCAGUUUGCAGGAGCACCUAAUUCCUUAGUAUCUUUUUUUGAUGCUUCUCUACCUGGAACUCUACCUGUUCUCAACAGGAGAUGUGUAGAAGCCGCAGUGAUGACGGGCCUUGCGCUGAACUGCACCAUAAACAAGAAGUCCUUGUUUGACAGGAAACACUAUUUCUAUGCAGAUCUGCCUGCUGGCUAUCAGAUCACUCAGCAAAGGCUCCCCAUUGCUGUGAAUGGGAACUUGUCAUACAUUCUACGCAUGGGGAAAAACCAGAAUGAAAUGGUAACCAGGAGUGUGAGGAUCAAGCAGAUACAGUUGGAGCAAGACAGUGGAAAGAGUCUUCACGAUGAUUUAAGGAGCCAGACCCUUGUGGAUUUGAACAGGGCAGGAGUUGGCCUCAUGGAGGUUGUCAUGGAGCCCAACAUGUGCUGUGGGGAAGAGGCGGCUGCAGCAGUGAGAGAGCUUCAGCUUAUCCUGCAGGCUCUUGGGAGCAGCCAAGCAAACAUGGCAGAGGGUCAACUGAGAGUAGAUGCCAAUGUAUCCGUGCAUCGCCCUGGAGAACAUCUUGGAGUGAGGACUGAAGUGAAGAAUAUCAACAGUGCCCGAUUUCUUGCCAAGGCCAUAGACUAUGAAAUACAAAGGCAAAUUGAAGAGCUGGAGAAUGGAGGAACUAUUUUGAAUGAAACCAGAGCCUUUGACUUUAAACUUGGGCGCACCAUAGCAAUGAGAGACAAAGAAGGAAAACAAGACUAUCGGUUUAUGCCGGAGCCAAACCUUCCUCCAUUGAUUCUUCACGAUUCUAAAUCUUCGCCUGCUCACACAAGCGACCGGCAAGUGGUGAAUAUUGAUUGGCUUCGGGAGAGGCUUCCUGACCUCCCCAGUGCGAAGAGAGCAAAGCUUGUUGAAUGUUAUGGGAUUCAGCCGCAGCACAGUUUCACCUUAUUGAACGAAGAUGGAUUAGCAGAAUUUUUUGAAGCUGUGGUGAAUGCAACAGGAAUGGCUCCCAAAAAGGUCGCUGGCUGGAUUGUAAAAGAUAUUCUUGCCUAUUUAAAACAGUAUAACCUUGAAGUAAAGGAAAGUCCAGUCAGUCCUCUUCUUUUGGCCGAACUUCUGAACCUUCUGGAAAGCGGAACGAUUUCCUCCUCGGCAGCCAAACAAGUGUUGGAAGUGAUGUGGAAGGGGGAAGGGAAGACUCCAUCUCUGAUUGUUAAAGAAGAGAAACUUGAACUGUUCCGGGAUCAGAAUGAGCUUGAGUGCAUCUGUCAGACUGUGAUGGGAGCCCAUCAGAAAGAGGUGGCAGAGAUAAAGAAGGGCAACAAAAAAGUACUGAAUAAGCUUAUUGGACAGGUUCAAAGAACAACAAGAGGACGCUCAGACCCUGUCCUGGUGAAACAAAUACUAGAGAAGCUGCUAUCAUAGGAGCCUGCGGUGAAAAUUCCAUAUCUGAUAUUCGCUGCUGUUAUCAGAGUGGUAAUUACUUGAUACUUCUAUCUUUCGCAAUCAAGCCAAUGUACUGACUUCAUUCACUUCUUGCUUACUGUAUCAAGUUAACUGCAGCCACUUUCUGCAGUUUUUCAGCUUUACUCAGGCCAUCAUCCUCUUAAGUGACUGUCAAACUGGAACAUAAGGUAUGCAAAGAAAGAAUUCCAAUGGUAUGUGGUUUUGUAUUUGGUAUAAUUUGGUAUAAUUAUGGUUUUGUAACAUAUAAAGAAUUGUUUCUUCCAAUUUAUUAGUAAUAUUUUUCAGAAGUAGCUUAAAUACUUCUUAAAGUAUUUUCUUGGUGAAUUAUCAAAGCAGAGCAUUCCUAAGUUUGUAAAGUACUCGAGAGACUUAAUACCCACAAUUGCUUGUAUGGACAGCUGUUAAAAGCAAGUAUUUUGUUAUAGGAGUAAGGGAAUAUAAAUAAUAUAUUAAAGGUAUUAUUUCAGUAUUGAUGUUUCAUUAAGCAGACCAGACAUGUCUUCACACUUUGUUUUAUUGGGGGGUGGGGUGGGGGUUAUUUUUGACUGUAAUAAACUAUGCCCUCUCUGAGGAAGAACUCUUUUCAUUCUAUCGUAAUUUUUAAUAAUAAUAAUUAUAAUAUAAUAUAAUAUUUAUACCCCACCCAUCUAGCUGGGUUUCCCCAGCCACUCUGGGCAGCUCCCAGCAGAAUAUUAAACAGAAUAAAACAUCAAACAUUAAAAACUUCCCUAAACAGGGCUGCCUGUAGCUCCACAAAAAACUAUAGAAUGAGGUGGUCAGUUCUUCUAAUUUAGAAACAAAACAAAAUGAAGAACCUUAUUAAAAAGGAAAAACUUUUUAGCAAUCUCUUGUGUUUAGAAUGAUCACAGUUCUAUAUAUUUGGGUGGAGAGAGAGACCCGUGUUUCUCAUAUUAUAAGACACGUCUUAUAUUUAUUUUUUCCUCAAAAAAACACACUAUGGCUUAUUUUCAAGGGAUGUCUUAUUUUUUUCCUCCUCCUCCUGCCGUGGCCAGCAUUGCUGCUGCGCCUAUCACUAUGUCUUAUUUUCGGGGUAUGGCUUAUAUUCCUUGAAUGCUUAAAAAUCCUGCUAUGGCUUAUUUUAUGGGUAUGGCUUAAAAUAUGAGAAACAGGGUAACUGCCAAACAGCUCAGCUGCCUGUUUCUGUAAUUUUAAGCUAAGUCCUCCCAAAAUGACCCCUUUAAGCUUCAACCUAGAGUAAAAUUGUUUUGCUUUUGAAGCCAAAAUUAUGCCCUUCAAACAAAUUUCAGACUGCAGGUUUUCCCCAAUAUCUAAAGAAAAUAGUCUGGCAUUUCAAGACACUAGAGUAA